CCGGCUUGCACAAGCGGACGGACGAUCGGAACCGGCCCGUCAGACUUUUCCCACUUAGGUUUAUUUUCUCUUUCUUCCUUUUUCGGUCCCGCUACUCCGGCGCCGCGUGGCCCGGAGGGGAAGCAGGCGCGUGGGCGCGCCAAGUGCCCAGCCGCCGGAGCGGUGCCGCCACUGCCCUUUCUGGCGCAGUAACGCCGGUCCCACGGCGGUAGCGGGCGCGAUCUCCGCGAGAGCCGUUUGCGCUCCAUCCCCUGGGCGAGCGGCGAGUGCGACUCAGCUGCGCGGCCGCCGGGAGCGCGGAGCGUCCGAGCGAGAACAGAGGCGCGCACCGGGCGGAACGCGGCCCGCUUUGAAGCUCCCCUAGGCGGGCGAGCCGGCCCCCACCCUCUUACAUCAAAGCGAUCGCUCCGCGCCUCCCAACCUUGUUGCAAACUCUCUGGGCCAGCCCCGGGUACGUCUUCCUGAUUUCCCGCGGGGGUGGAGAGAUGAGAAGCAGAGCUCUCUGAGUCGGGAGCGAGGGACCAGCGCCCGGGAUCGAAUCCCGGACUCCCGGAGUCGAGAAAGCGCCAAGCGGGCCCGCGCCCCUGCCGCCCUCGCCCGCCGCCGCCUCCCGCGGGGCAUUUGGACAUUUUCUGCUGCGCAGCUCGCACCCCAGCUCUCGGAGCCCGCCGCAGAGUCACACUUCGCUUGCGCGCGAGCGCUUCCCCAGCGCCUCCGGCUCUCCUGCGCCUCGGGCUCUCCUGAGCCCCGGCGGGGCCACCGGCCUGCUUGGCUGCGGGUUCGGGUCUGGCUGUGGGAUGUUAGCUGUGGGGGCGAUGGAGGGCCCCCGGCAGAGCGCGUUCCUGCUCAGCAGCCCGCCCUUGGCCGCCCUGCACAGCAUGGCCGAGAUGAAGACCCCGCUCUACCCUGCCGCCUAUCCCCCGCUGCCCACCGGGCCCCCCUCCUCCUCGUCCUCGUCCUCCUCGUCCUCGUCGCCCUCCCCACCUUUGGGCGCACACAACCCGGGCGGUUUGAAGCCCCCGGCCGCGGGGGGCCUCUCGUCCCUGGGCAGCCCCCCGCAGCAGCUUUCGGCGGCCACUCCGCACGGCAUCAACGACAUCCUGAGCCGGCCCUCCAUGCCGGUGGCCUCGGGGGCCGCCCUGCCCUCCGCCUCGCCCUCGGGGUCUUCUUCCUCCUCCUCCUCGUCCGCCUCCGCCACCUCGGCCUCUGCGGCCGCCGCUGCUGCUGCCGCUGCCGCCGCCGCUGCCGCCUCAUCGCCCGCCGGGCUGUUGGCCGGCCUGCCCCGCUUCAGCAGCCUGAGCCCUCCGCCACCGCCGCCCGGGCUCUACUUUAGCCCCAGCGCCGCGGCCGUGGCCGCCGUGGGCCGGUACCCCAAGCCCCUGGCCGAGCUGCCCGGUCGGACGCCCAUCUUCUGGCCUGGGGUGAUGCAGAGCCCGCCUUGGAGGGACGCGCGCCUUGCCUGUACCCCCCAUCAAGGAUCCAUUUUGUUGGACAAAGAUGGGAAGAGAAAACACACCAGACCCACAUUCUCCGGCCAGCAGAUCUUCGCCCUGGAGAAGACUUUCGAACAAACGAAGUACUUGGCAGGACCAGAGAGAGCACGCUUGGCCUAUUCUCUGGGGAUGACGGAGAGUCAGGUCAAGGUCUGGUUCCAGAAUCGGCGGACCAAGUGGAGAAAGAAGCACGCAGCCGAGAUGGCCACGGCCAAGAAGAAGCAGGACUCGGAGACUGAGCGGCUCAAGGGGACUUCGGAGAACGAGGAGGACGACGACGAUUACAACAAGCCCCUGGACCCGAACUCUGACGACGAGAAAAUCACUCAGCUGCUGAAAAAGCACAAAUCCAGCGGAGGCAGCCUCCUGCUGCACGCGUCGGAGGCCGAGGGCUCGUCCUGAGCGCGGCCCGCACCGCGGGGAUCCCGACCGCGCCCCACAGCCGGUCCCGCGGUCCCCCCCCGCACCCCGGCUGCUCGCCCGGCCUUUACUAUUUUCUAAGAUGUACAUAUCUAUUUUUUUAACCUAGAAAUUUUGGCGGGGAGGGUGGGGGUCGUCGGUAGGACGGCGCGGUGAUGGCGAGGAAAGGAGCCCGCCAAGUGCACUGCUCAAAAAACCCCGCAGCCGAACCCGCAUCCCCGCGGCUUCCCAGGACCCUUCCCACCCGCGACGUCAGGCGUCCCCGGUCCAGGCUCGGUCCUUUGCUUUGCGUUCCCUGAGCACCGGGCCGUGUUUCCGAAAGGUCGUCGGCCACCGCCUGGUGGGAAUCUCAGAGCCACCGAGGGCAGCUGCCACCAAGGGAGAAAGGGACGCUACCCCUCCCCCCAACUGCUCUGCCGACCAAGUAACCUGUUGACGGCUCUCUAUGUAAAUAAAUCGUGAGUCACACUGACUAGAAGUUACUUUAUUGUGAAUAUUUAAAAUGUAAAAGGCUUUUUGGAAUUUGGUAUAAAGAGAUGAACUGUACUCUCGUUGAUUUAAGGUAUUCACACCACUUGGCCGCCUUUCAUAUUAACUUGAAAAGCUUAGAAAAACGACGUCAUCGCCCUACUCAGACGCCUCCCGACUCACUCCUCUUUCGGCUCUGCUUCUUUCCUAACCGCUUUUCUCCUUCACCAAUUCCGGCAGGGCCCCAGGCAGCCCCAGGCCCCCACCCCGGUCCAGCUCCAAGACUUGCAGUCUGAGAUCCCGGGACCCACGAGCUUCUCACACCAGCCUUUGGGUUCCCUUCCGAAUUUGCACAGUCGUUUGUUGCUAUUUAUUAGUGAUUAAAAAAAGAUAUUGGGGAGGGAAGGACUACAGUACCUUGUAUUUAAUUUAACUCCUUUCUGAUAAAAAUGCGUGUUAAAAGUAGAUGGUGGGAAUUGUUACAAGCGCUCUGGGUCAGAACAUAAACGUUCCAUUUAAUUGCUGUAAUUGAAUUCGAAGUGUUUUUGUAUCAUAAGAAUACUAUAGACUAUGUAAAUUGUUUUCUUUUAAGCUAAUAACGGUGAUAUAUCAGCCUCUUUAACACUUAUUAAUUUAUAUGAGGAAUUCGGUUUGUAAAGAAAAGGCAGCCCCUUUGCGAGAACCAUGAAAUGUAAUGCACUUUCUGUUUCAAAGGAUAAAUCGAAUUAAAAACAGCAACAAAAAAUAGUUUGAAGACGUCUGUUGCCUUAAGGGAACAUGUACAGGUUACCUGGCCUCAUCAGAGAUCUCAAAUAAAGUCAAGAGCACAUUUAAAAAAAA